AUGGCGUAUCAUUCCCAGGCUGGACCAUCCAACCCAAAUCUUCAUGCUCAACAACAAUACCAGCAAGGAGCCGCAAGUUACGGCAAUCCUUCCGGUGGAAAUGGAAAUGGAGGCCAAGAACCAGAGGCAGGUUUCGAUACUGUUAAUUGGUACCGACAUUACCUACAGUGCCAUCACUACUUUCUCGACCAAGCCCAACAUGAUUUCUAUGUUCAGGCCGUGGCAGCAUUUAUAAACGUUCAGCUGCCUUAUCAAAAGCAGCCCUACCCAGUCCAUCGAGCUUCGGCCGCAUGGUCUUUGAAGAAUCUUUCCGAUCGUCAACAAGAGGAAGAACCCCACCCUCCCCCAGGGUAUCCGCAAUCGGUGUCCUUGAUUCCGUACAUCAGAAGGUUGAUAGUCACUGGUCACGACGAUCCUCGAAUCAUGGGAACUUGGUUCGGUGCAAAUUGGGUUCAGGGGAUAGGGACCAUACAUGAACUGGAGCGACGCAACUACCUUUUCGCAUCAAAAAGUAAGGAAUGGCUUGAUGUAAAGAAAUACUACGAUGAUUCGCUGGCCGCAGAACAAUCCACGCCUUACAUGAUUCCUUUGCCGAGAAUUGAAGAGGCAGAGCUUUCCUCUGCGGAUGAAGCUUGGAGUGGUUGGAUGGCCAUGCAGGAUUGGGUGAUCGGUCCCAGAACACCACAAAGUUUAAAGAGGCCCCUUUCACCUCCACGUUCACACACGCCGUAUUAUAAUUCACCACGAAUCAAGAAGGAGAGCGAUUUAGAUAACUGA